AUGGCAGCUUCAAAAGGGCGCGGUCGGAUAGGCAACGGCGCUGUUGCUGUUGCUGGUGAUGGUGCCGCAGCGGGCGGUUCAAGAGCAGCUCAAAGCUCGGCCAAAUCCAGAUCAGCCCCUGCUGCUGCUGCGGCGAAGAACAAGGGAGGGGAUGAUCUGAUCCUGACCAUCGAUUCGGACGAUGAAGUAAGCGCUGCAGGAGAGUCGGAGGCAGAGAUGGAGUGGCAACAAGAAGGAGAUCACAACAUCCAUCCCUCCAGCUCCACGUUCACCCGCCUUCAUUCCAGCUCUCAGCCUGGCCUUGGCACUUCCAAGAGCAAAUCGACCUUGUCCAUGAAAUCCAAAGUGAGCGGUAAUGCACAAGGAUUGCGAGAGGGGAGCGAUGGACAAGCUUGGAAGAUGGACAAGGAUUUUGUGUUUGAUUUGCAGGGCGAUGGAUAUGGGCUUGGACUGGGAUACGAGGGCAAGGGCAGCGGUGCGGAUGUGAGGGAUAAGGGUCAAGCAGGAAGAGGUUUGACGGUGGAUGAUAUCAUCGAAAAGAGAAGGGUAAAGGUUGUCUUGCCUGAUGAUGAUGAGGAGGAGAAGGAGCAGGAGGGGAAGCAGCAAGAGCAGGAGGGGGCGCAGGAGGAGGAAGAAGAGGAAAGUAGCGAUGAAGGUGAGUCAGCGUGCAAGUUGCUUGCAGGCUCAAGCAGUACCGCCUCACCCACGCCUCCCUCGAUUCUCCACUCAGAAGCAUUCGGUGCGGGGGCGCGUCGAGCUCAGAGGCAGGUCCAGCAAGCAGGAGAAGAGGGUAACGUGAGCGAGGACGAGGACGAUGAGGAUGAGGAGGAUGAAGGUGAGGGGGAAGAUGAUGACGAUGCAGCAGAGUCCGACUCGUCAGUCGACCAAGACGAGCAGACCGACGAAACGGAGAUCGAUCGAGCAAAGAAGGCGGCAUUCUUUGCUCAUGAAGAGGGCACCGAUGCAGGUGGCAAAAGCAACGGCGAUCCCGCAGGCGCAUCAUCUUUCAGCUCCCUCAACCUCUCUCGCGCUCUGCUUCGAGCCCUCUCCACGCUAUCCUACCAUCAACCUACGCCCAUUCAAGCUCGCGCGAUCCCUGUGGCUUUGGCAGGCAAGGAUAUAGUGGCUGGCGCAGUGACGGGAAGCGGAAAGACUGCUGCAUUCAUCAUCCCCGUGUUGGAGAGGUUGCUUCAUAGACCCAUGACGGAAAGCAGAAGCAGAGUCCUCGUGCUCCUCCCCACCAGAGAGUUGGCGGUGCAGUGCGCUGCAGUGGGAAACGCGAUUGGCAAAUUUGCAAAUGUGAACUUUUGCUUGGCUGUUGGUGAGUGGCGCGUACUGCUUACCAAUGCAAUAGAAGCUUUCAAGUGCCAAGAUUCCCGUUUCGGUCUGCUCAUGCGUAUGCUCGUCUACUCGAUCCUCCGCCAUCAGGUGGAUUGUCCCUCAAAGCGCAAGAAAAGGAAUUACGAAGUAGACCAGAAGUCAUCAUCGCCACGCCAGGACGUCUGAUCGACCACUUGCAAAACUCUCCCUCGUUCAAUCUAGACUCGAUCGAGAUUCUGAUCAUGGACGAAGCCGACCGAAUGUUGGAAGAAGGAUUCAGGGAAGAGUUGAAAGAGAUCAUCAGCAGUUGUCCGACCAAGAGGCAGAGCAUGCUCUUCAGCGCUACCAUGACGGAUAGCGUGGAUGAGCUGAUCAAUUUGGGCUUGAGGAGACCCGUCAGGAUCUUUGUAGAUCCCAAGAGGAGCACUGCAAAGAAUUUGGUGCAAGAGUUUGUGAGGGUCAGAGGUGCUGCUUCGAAUGGUGAAGAUGCGGAGCAGGUCCAGCUUACCACACUGGGACAGGGCAAUAGGAGGACAGAGGAGAGUAUGAGACCUGCGUUGCUGCUUUCUUUGUGCUUGAGAACAUUCACGCACCAAGUCAUCAUCUUUGUGCGAUCCAAGAAGCUGGCUCAUCAGCUCAAGAUCAUCUUUGGAUUGGUAGGCCUCACGGCUUGCGAGCUUCAUGGAGACUUGUCGCAAGAGCUGCGUUUACAAUCACUGGAUAGCUUCAGGAAUGGUAGAGUAGACUAUAUGAUCGCUACGGAUCUAGCUUCGCGCGGUCUGGACAUCAAAAACGUUCAAACGGUCAUCAAUUACGACAUGCCGAAUUCCUUUGACGUCUACCUGCACCGCGUAGGUCGAACAGCUCGAGCGGGCAAAGAAGGCAGAUCGGUCACGCUGGUUGGUGAACAAGAUCGUAAAUUGCUCAAAUUGGCCAUCAAGGGUUCCAAAGAGGAGAAUAUCAAGCACAGACUCGUACCUGCUGACCAUGUCAACAUUAUGCUGGAAAAGUUGGACCAGCUCAAAGAGACGGUGCGCGAAGUGAUGAGCGAGGAAAAGGAAAUGAGGGAACUGGACAUUGCGGAGAGGGAACUUAGAAAGGGAGAAAAUGUGGAAAAGCAUAGAGAGGAGAUUAUGAGCAGACCAAAGAGGACUUGGUUUCAAAGCGAAAAGGAAAAGAAUGCUUCGAAAGGUGCGUGGGUGGAUGAGGACUUUGAGGCGGGGGGGGUGGCGACGGCUCCUUGCUUUGUCUGCUCAUGCUGCGAAUCUCGCUCUUUGCACAUGCUCUUUUCGUUCGCACCGCAGACGCUUCAGUUGCUGAUUAUCUCAGCAAGGGCGAGAAGCGCAAGGCGGACGGCACAAAGGUGAGCAGCCGUAGUGAACAUGAGGACUAUCCUGUGCCAUUUGCCUCUUUUCGAAUCCAGUCGCCCCCUCCGUCCACCUGCUCAUUUAAUAUCUGCCAUCUCGGCUCUUGGUUCCCCCCCCCUCCAUUCCCCCUUCAUCUUUUCCUCAGCGAGGCAAAUACGACGGUUUAUCUCGCAAGCAAAAACGUUCCAAGCAGAUGAAAGAAGAGAUAGCAAAGGAAAAGAGUCAAUCGAGCGUGGACGCGUCCAUACGAGCUGCCAAGAAAUCUUCUAGACCCGCAUCCUUGGGCAUGCCCGACACGAGCUUCUCAAAAAAGGCGCAAAAGAAAGAUGCUGGAAAGAAGAGGAAGAGCAAGAGCAAGAGCUCUAGCAGUAGAAAGGUUACGGGUAAAGGAGCUGGCUUUGCGAGGGAUUUGGGAGAGAGGAGUACGGGCAGGAAUGCGAGUGGGAAAAAGAGCAAUGGUGGAAAGAGAUAG